UGUCCCGUACAAGUGUUUAGCGGUGCCCGUCCCCAGAUUCCCCAAGGUGCCGAGGUAAACUUGGACCUUUAUCACGCUCGCGCUCGCACCCGUACUCGACAAUACUUGUAGCGAAUACUUAACCGACAGCUCCAAGAGCGACAUCAUACACUUUGCUUCAAUAUAAAACUGACGCUUUAAAUCAUGUCCAAGACGUACACUACCGCCGACGUAGCGCAGCACAAGGACGAGUCCAAUGGCUACUGGCUCAUCGUUGAGAACGAUGUCUACGACGUCUCAAAAUUCCUCGAUGAUCACCCUGGAGGCGCCAAGAUCCUCAAGCGCUUCGCAGGAAAGAACGCAACCAAAUCCUUCUGGAAGUACCACAAUGAGAGCGUCUUGAAGAAGUAUGGCGCCAAGUUGAAGAUUGGCGAGGUGGGCGAGAGCGCCAAGUUGUGAGAGGCUUUUGAGCAGUGGCGGUGCAUCACGGACGACUUCGUUUCUCGUCCACACAGGGCGUGUCUGCACCGGCGGUUGACGGAUUCGUUUCAAGCGACGUGCGUCGCGCUGCAAGACCAGCAAAGCACGCGGCAACAUGGGGGAAAGACGGGCAGUCAAACACAUACGCCAUCAUCUGGCACUACAUCAGCAAUAUGCCGUGUUCCGCGUGCUUGGACGUAGUACCUAUUCUCGCCAACUCAUGCCUCGCUUCGUCAGCAAACCACUUCAUGCCAGGAAGUGGGGCCUCUCAGGGUAUAAGAACUAAGAAGUGAGAUACUAACUCAGCUCACACCCUCACUGCAGCAAGUGGCAGCUUCAUAAACUCGCCAUGGACGACAUCUUCAACCCCAAGGCGGAGGAAGCCAUCCUUGUCUCCCU